GCUUGACUUCAACUAGGCGGGAUCUACAUGACUAGUAGCAGUAAUCAUAGGAGCUUCACACCAAGAAUUUAUCACACUUAAGGAUAGCAACUUGUUGAUCUCAGCCCAGAAUCAUGGAUGAUAUACCAUAUAUUAAGAUACCAGACGACUAUGAGGGAUACAGCCUCAACACAUUCUGCGUCCCGAGGCAUUAUGAGCAGGACCUGGAGAGGAUUCUCGUCCCACAGGGAGUCAUCGCCGAUAGGACAGAGAGGCUUGCGAGGGAUAUCUUCGAUGACAUGGGAGAUUCAUCGGCUCUUGUCGUCCUCUGCGUUUUAAAAGGAGGCUACAAGUUCUGCUCCGACCUUCUAAACUACGUGCAAGCGCUGAACCAGAACGCUGGACGUUCUGUGCAGAUGCGUAUAGACUUCAUCCGUCUCAAGAGUUAUGAGAAUGACAAGUCAACCGGUCAGAUCCAUGUCGUUGGAGGAGACAACCUGGAGAACCUGGAGUCAAAGAACGUCCUCAUUGUUGAGGACAUCAUCGAUACAGGUCACACCAUGCAGAGGUUACUAAAGGUCGUCGGAGGUCACAACCCCAAGGCGGUUAAAGUAUGCAGUCUAUUAGUUAAGAGGACUCCAAGGAGUAUAGGAUACAGACCCGAUUACUGCGGAUUUGAGAUUCCUGAUAAGUUUGUGGUCGGCUAUGCUUUGGACUACAAUGAAUAUUUCCGUGAUUUAGGACACAUCUGCAUCAUCAAUGAAGAAGGGAAGAGGAAGUAUGCCAUCUAGAAUGGAGGAGGAUGUCAUCUUAGUGUGCUAGGUGAGAGGUGGGAGGCACAUGACAUCAUUAUAUGUUUAUUCUACUGUGUAGAGAUCAGGACGUUUAACCCCAUGUACCACAGCCGAAAAGGAUCCCGACCAUCGCUGCUUUUCCUUGUCAUGGUAUCUUAACCUGUCUGUAGUGGCCCCUUUAUACAGUCAAACCUGCUUUAGUGACCACUUGUCUACAAGGACCACAUUUUCAGUUUCCCUUGAAAAUGGUUUCUCAUUGAAACAUGUACUAUAGGAACCUGUCUACAAAGACCACUUUUUGUGUUUCCCUUUGGAGGUCGCUAUAGACAGGUUUGACUGUGUCUUUAUUUGUUUUUGGGUGGUCUUUAUAGACAGGUUUUGCUAUGUUUAUUAUUAUUAUCAUCUAUAUUAUAAAGAUCUGGAGGUUUUACCCGCUAUAUAGCCAGUACUGAUAUCGAUCUCUGCUGCUCUUUUAUAUGGAGAGGCUUAUUUGAAAAGCGCCACUCCUGACUAUAGAGGCAUCAGUAAGUUUUUGGUCUUUAUAGACAGGUUAGGAUAUGUUUAUUGUCCAGUGAAAGAAUCUUACCCAGGUGCAGUUAAUACUGAUACAAAUGUUUUUCGCUUUUCUAUAUGGAGAUGAUUAUUUAAACUGGUAACACUUCUCUAAAGUGGGCACAUUCAAAGUUAUUUCUUUCAGAUGGCCACUAUAGACAGGUUCGACUUUUUUGUCAUACAGGAAAGAAAUCAUACCAAGUUUAGCAAAUUCUGAUAUCAAACUUUCAGCUAGUCUAUAUUACAGUGCCUCUUGGAAAAGGUCAUCCCUCCUUUAUACAUCUUCAAAGUUUCUUUCAAAAGGCCAUUAUAGACAGGUUAGACUGAAGUGUAUUGUACAGUGCCUAGGUCCAAAGUAUACCCAUUGUGCAGCUUUACCAAACGUUAGUCUUUACAACUACAGGUAUUCUAUACUGAAAUGCCACUUUAAAAAGGCCACCUUAAUUGUUGAUAUUUGGCCUUUAUAGACAUGUUUGUCAGUUUGUUCAACAAGGUUAUUGUGCUGUGUUGAGGUCCAGAAGUUUAACCCCAGUGUACCGCUGUUCUAUAUCAAGGUAAUUCCUUAGAAAAAUCUUCCAUGUUUGUAGUAGACCCCAUAUGAUGUUAGAUGCAGAUGGCCUUAAUAAGCAGGGUUUUCUAUAGAGGUCUCGAAGUCUUACCCCAUUUUUGCAGCUACCCUAUAUCAUAACACAAGCAGGAGAGUGUGUGUAUGUGUGUGUUUAGUGUGUUUCUAUACAGAGUCUUUGCAAUUGUGAAUAGAAGUAUUUUAUUGUCCAGACAGUUGUACUUUUGCUAAAGGUUAAACAUCCAUUUGCAGGUCAAAGAUUUCCAAAUGUCAGGACUUGGUUCAUAAUUUUCUCUUAACAUUGAGCAUUAAUGAUACUCUUCUUCCUGAGCACUUGGAAUGAAUGAGUCAUUGACAUGUUCAGGGUCUGUUUCAUAACAAAAUGUGUUCACUAACAAUACAAGAAUGUAAGGUUCUGAAAUAGCAUCAUGUUAUAGACUUUUUUUUUUAAGCUUUGGCAAUUGUCAUUGAUAAUGCAUAUCUGUUGUUAAAUUGAAUUGAAUAGAAAAGGUAAAAGAUAUUAACACAUGACCAAUAUCUGUUAUAACACUGUAUAAUAUUGUUGCCAUGGUCGACACUUGACAAACUAGCGAUCUCUGUUUCAUGAGAAUAAUUUUUGUAGACGGGUAUUAACUUAAAAGUGUUUUUGUGUUUAUGCAAGAUUUAGGGAUUCAAGGAAUAACAAAAUUAAUACUUGUUUACCUUUGAACCCCAUUUUUGGACAUCUGUAUUAACCGCCAUUGAUUCAUAAUGGUUAGACAUGAUUAGAACGAUGAAUGUAAAGGCUGAACCCUGUUCUCAGUUUAUUCACCAUUUAAAAUUGUUUGGAAACUAUGCCAUUUAUGUUAUGAAUUGUAAGUUGGCUUUCUGGGCCCCAUUUCACAAAACUUGUCAUCGGUGACAAAUGACAGUUUUUGUUGUAAGCUAGUGAAAUCCUUGUUUAUCAGCAGAUUUGUCACUGAUCUUUGUCAUUUUUCAUUGAAAAAUGGCUUUGUGAAACGGGGCCCUGGUCUACCUAUACACCAGGGGGUAGACCUCCAGUUGCGUCUUGUGGACGUUGGCUUUCAAAGUCGGUCUCUAGACGCAGAUAAAUCAUCUCUGAUCAUAUCUGUGAAAACAGUACUCUAAUGACAAUGAAAUAUUCUUUCAUGAACAAUCUAUAAGCAUUGCAUGUUCAGUCAACUUCUGUCUUUUUUGGGGGUCAUUAAAGCAUUUCAUUCUUUCUUUCUUUCUUUUCAUUUUUGUUAUAAUAUAUUUCCUGCAUGAAAAUUUCACCUUACUUUAUGCUUUUGCUUUUGCUGUACCUUUUUGUCAAUCAAAUUUUUGAAAAAUCAUUCGGGUUCUCCUUUUGUUGGACAAUUAUUUUCACUUUUUAAUGAGCUGUACACAAGACUCUUAGAAUGUAUGAAGACAUCUCUCACUCUGUUCACUCAUCACAUACAUUUGUCUUUUUAUUGGCAGAGUACAGGGUUAUUUUAACAAGUGUUGCAUUGUUAGGAAGGCUUGGUCAUAAUAGCAAUAUUUGAGUAUUAUCCAUAAAAUCUGAAGACAGAUUUUAUGUCAAGUUGCCCAUUCCAUUUGUAUCUUAUAACACAGCGUUAACGUCUUUGUGACUCUCAACAGAUGAGAUAUUUUCACAAGAGCCAGAAUGACAUUAUCUCUAUGUGAAGUUCAUAUUAGAUAACGCCUUUUUGACGCUCGGCAGACAAUAUCUUACUGUACGUGUAACCUAUAUUACCUCCAUAUUCAUUACUAUUAAUUCUUUUUGCAGUCACGGCAAAAUGCCAUUUUAGUUCAAAUUGGGUGUUCUCUAGAAUGGUACUAUAAUGGUUAGAUUAGUCUUUGUGAUGUGAAAUCAUGGAAUGUAUCUUGAUUCAUUUGUAGCAGAAUCAAAGUGUGACAGAAAAAUUAUUAAAAUGAAUUGGAAUUACAAACCA